GAUUUGUAGUGCAUGAAAAGUGAGGUACAAUAGUACUAGACUAAUUGCGUAUCAGUCUCUAAAAUUAUUAUUUUUAAAUAAAUACACAACAGCACACUGAAAUAUAGUGUUACUUUGCAACACGAGUUGUGUAAAUUAGAAAUACUCAAAUAAUGAAGAAUGACCAUAAACUAACAAAUGGAGUAUGUAAUCAAUCAAGAUUCAAACUCAUUCAUUGUUUCGGGAGUGAUGUCUCACGACUUAGAAAAAUAUCUAUCAGCUACAAAUAAUAAAAAAAAAUUAUUAUAUCUACUAAAUAUUAGGCAGAGAGAAAAACGGCGCAGAAACGAUGGCUCUGCAAUCUUCAUUUCGCCAUGUUUUCUCUCAAUUGCAACGCUGCACUUCUCUCCAGCGUUCAGUCUUGCCCAAAUUCUCGCCCCCAUUUCACAGAAAUCUCUCUCCUUUCUUCUCCACCUCUCACAAAUCCGCUACUCUUCGCCCACUCGCCGCCGCUAAAGAGAAUACAUUAGUACUGAGCAAAGAUGAUAGGUUGGGGGAUGGAGAAGUGAGCUGUGCAGAGCCAGUUCCACGUUCAAGCACAAUUGCAGCAAUCGUGACUUCAUUGGGUGGGCCACCUGGUGCGGUGGGGAUUGUCCGGUUGUCUGGUCCUUCAGCAGUCUCUAUAGCUGGGGAAGUUUUUAGACCGAUGUCGAGAAAGAGGAGAAAAGGUGCUCGUUGGUGGCCUAAUAGCCAUGUUGUAGAGUAUGGUGAGGUUCUGGAUUCACAUGGAAACCUCAUUGAUGAGGUUUUGGUAGUUCCCAUGUUGGCCCCAAAAUCUUACACUCGCGAGGAUGUUAUUGAGCUUCAGUGUCAUGGUAGUGAAGUGUGUUUGCGCCGAGUGUUAAGGGCUUGCCUAGAUGCUGGAGCGAGGCUUGCAGAACCAGGUGAAUUCACUCUCCGGGCUUUUCUAAAUGGCCGUCUCGAUCUUUCUCAAGCUGAGAACGUGGGAAAACUUGUAACAUCUAAGUCGAUGGCUGCAGCAGAUGCUGCAUUGGCAGGAUUACAGGGAGGCUUCUCUUACAUGGUGAAAUCAUUAAGAGCUCAAUGCAUUGAGUUACUUACAGAGAUUGAAGCCCGUCUAGAUUUUGAUGAUGAGAUGCCACCCCUCGACAUUAACCUAGUUACGGAUAAGAUACAUAAGAUGCUGCAAGAAGUAGAUAGUGCUUUGGAAACUGCCAAUUACGACAAGCUUCUGCAGUCAGGAGUUCAGAUUGCUAUUGUUGGCCGACCAAAUGUUGGAAAAUCUAGCCUUCUUAAUGCAUGGAGCAAGAGCGAACGAGCAAUUGUUACCAAUAUUGCAGGCACAACACGUGAUGUAGUGGAAGCCAAUGUUACUGUUAGCGGGAUUCCCGUCACACUUCUUGAUACAGCUGGUAUAAGGGACACUGACGAUGUGGUGGAAAAAAUCGGUGUCGAGAGGUCCGAAGCAGUUGCAAUGGGUGCUGAUGUCAUUGUUUUGACCGCAAGUGCGGCUGACGGGUGGACUUCGGACGAUGACAGACUUCUUGAGAGAAUUCAUAGCAAUAAGAUUGCAACUUUAUCAACUUCUCCAGUUAUUCUUGUGGUCAACAAAAUCGACUGUGCUUCAUCUUGUGCGUGGGUCGACACUCUCCCGAGAUCUUUCAACAAGCAUGUCUUCACCUGCGCUGUGACUGGUAAAGGGAUCUCGGAUUUGGAAUCUGCAAUAGUAGAGCUAGUCGGUCUGAAUAAAAUCCCGGCUGGGGGUCGCAAAUGGACGGUAAACCAGAGGCAAUGUGAGCAGCUCCUUCUGGCCAGGGAGGCGUUCGUGAGGUUGCAGUCGUCGAUUGAGGAAGAGAUCCCUCUCGAUUUUUGGACGAUUGAUCUGAGAGAAGCAGCCAUGGCUCUUGCACAGAUAAGUGGCGAAGACAUCUCGGAAGAGGUUUUGUCAAACAUUUUCGGCAAAUUCUGCAUUGGUAAAUAGUCGAGUUUUUUGUUUCUUAAUCUAGAAAAAGAAAGAAUCGGAGAACAACGCGCUGCUGUGAGUACUGAAACGAAGAAAAAUGGAAUCUUGUUUACGAUAUUAUGCAAGAAAAGAAUUGAAACAAUGAAUGAA